AGAUGGCUCCAUUCUACCAAUUAUUGACAGAUGAACUGAAACUACCACUUGAUAAGGCACUGCUCGCGCAAUAUCAACAGGCAAACAAUGAAGAACUGCAAAAGCUCGAUGAGAAAAUUGAAGAUGCUGAGCAGAAUUUGGGAGAGACGGAGAUUUGUGAUGCAAUGUUGGCAAAGGCAAACUUUUUCGCUAAUAUCGGGGAUAAGGACAAAGCACUCGCUGCUUAUCGUGUUGCGCUGGAGAAGACUGCUGGAUUGGGAUCUCGGAUAGAUAUAAUAUUUUGCUUUGUGCGUGUAGGAUUUUUUUUUAAUGAUGAUGAUCUGAUCAGUCGCAAUGUUGAACGUGCUCGAAGUCUAAUUGAAGAAGGCGGCGACUGGGACCGUCGCAAUCGCCUCAAAGUAUACGAGGGCGUUUAUCGCUUAUCUAUCCGAGAUUUUAAAACAGCCGCCAGCCUUUUCCUCGAUACUCUUUCAACGUUCAUGUCUACCGAGUUGAUGGAAUACAAGGAUUUUGUCAAAUAUGCAGUCUUGGCUGGGGCCAUUGCAUUGAAACGAGUAGAUUUAAAGAAGAAAGUCAUCGAUGCCCCUGAAGUGUUGGAGGUGUUAAAUGAGAUUCCGCAUUUGGAAGACUACAUUACAUCAUUGUACAAUUGUGAAUAUGCGAAAUUCUUUAGAGCUCUUGCCGAUGUCGAGAGAGUACACCUGCGUACAUCCGCUUACAUAUUUCCACAUCUUCGCUUUUACGUGAGAGAGAUGCGUAUCAUUGCUUACGCUCAGUUACUUGAAUCUUACCGAUCAUUGACUAUGGAGAGCAUGGCCAAUGCGUUCGGUGUAUCGGAAGAGUUCAUUGACAAGGACGUCUCAAAAUUCAUCGCUGCUGGUCGAUUGAAUUGUGUUAUUGAUAAAGUUGGUGGUAUAGUUGAGACUAAUAGACCAGAUGCAAAGAAUGCUCAAUAUCAACAGACAAUCAAACAGGGAGAUAUUCUGCUCAACCGCAUACAGAAACUAUCCCGAGAGACCUGGGUGUAA